AUGUCGGGAGGCUGGAAUACUAUCGAGUCUGAUGCUGGUGUGUUUACAUACCUCAUCGAGAAACUCGGUGUUAAGGGCGUCGAGUUCGAAGAACUCACCUCUCUCGACGCUACGGCCCUACAAGCCCUCGGUACCCUUUACGGCGUGAUCUUUCUCUUCAAAUACCCCACGGGCGAGAAACCCAGCGACGUACCGAAAGAUGGUACCUACGACCAUGAGGCGGCAAACACCCUCUUCUUCCCCGCGCAAACAAUACAAAACGCAUGCGGUACACAGGCGAUAGUCUCGCUUUUGCUGAAUCGAGAAGAGGAGGUCGAAAUCGGCAAGGAGCUGAAGGAGUUCAAGGAAUUCGCUGGUGACUUUCCACCAGAGCUACGUGGAGAAACACUCUCAAACUCGGACCUCAUCCGCGAAACCCACAACUCGUUUGCGCGAUCUUCACCCUUUGUCGACGAAACACAACGAACAGCCACCGAGGACGACGACGUCUUCCACUUCAUCGCUUACACAAGUAUAAAUGGCAAACUCUACGAACUUGACGGCCUCCAACCAGCCCCUAUCCUCCACGGCGCCUGCACACCUACAGAAUUCCCCAGCAAAAUAAUCCCCGUCCUCCAACGCCGCAUCGCCCGUUAUCCCGCCACAGAAAUCCGCUUCAACCUCAUGGCUUGCUGUCGCGACCUGCGUAUCCGCGCACGCGAAAUCGGCGACGAGGACGAACUCGAAGAGCAGGAGGACAAGCGCGCCAAGUGGCUAUGGGAGAACUCGUUAAGGAGGCAUAAUUUCGUAGGAUUUGUGGGAGAGCUGCUGAAGGGCGUUGUGAGGGCGAAGUUGGACGCGGGUGAAGGCGAGUAUGAGUCGUGGGUCGAGGAGGCCAAGGGCAGGAGCAGCAAGAGGAGAGAGGAGCUGAGGAAGCAAGGCAUCGCUGAGGAUUGA